CAGAAGGUCAGAGAUGGCAGCCUGUGCGAAAGGGCUCGACAAAUGCAUGUUUUCACUGAGGUUAUUACGAAACCUGCGGCUCCAAAAUGAACGGUUCAUAUCGACGUCACUGUGUCGUCUGGCUCCGGCGUAUAACAGCGAGGAGCCACCAAAGUUCACCCCUCCACCUAAGCCUGUCAUCAUAGAUAAAACACAGACUGUGGCGUCUCUGCGAAAGUUUCUGAGCCCAGAGUUCAUCCCUCCCAGACAGAGGACAGAUCCUUUUAAAUUUUCCAUUGAGAGGAAAGAUAUGAUUCGCAGGAGGAAAGUCCUCAACAUCCCAGAGUUCUACGCAGGGAGCAUCCUGGCAGUGACCAUGGCUGACCCCAAUGCCAGUGGGAAAAUUAAUCGCUUUGUCGGCAUUUGUAUCCAGAGGGGUGGAAAGGGGCUGGGAGCCACAUGUGUCCUGAGGAACAUCAUUGAUAAUCAAGGAGUGGAAAUCUGCUACGAGUUGUACAGCCCCCGUAUCCAGAAGAUUGACGUGCUGAAGCUUGAGAAGAGGCUCGAUGACAACCUCAUGUAUCUGAGAGACGCCCUGAACGAGUACAGCUCUGUCGACCCGGACAUGAAGCCCGUGCCCUUCUCCCCCACUGGAGAGGUGCCUUUCAACAAGAUGAAGGUCAGGAUGCGUCCGAAGCCGUGGUCCAAACGCUGGGAACGACCCAAGUUCAACAUCCAGGGCAUUCGCUUUGACCUGUCCCUGACCCCAGAGAGGAUGGAGCACGCCCAGAAGUGGGCCCAGCCUUGGCUGGAGUACGACAUGCUGAAGGAGUACGACACGUCCAAACUGGAGGAGCAGAUCCUCAGUGAGGUCCAGCAGGAGAUGAGCAAGUGAGAAAGAGCCUCUGCAAAUGGAUCAAUGUACCAUCAACAGACUUUUUCAGGAGUGGGGGGGGGGGAAGACAGGAGCAUGAGGUUUGCAUGGAUGACGAACACUCUGCUGGAUUAAGUUAAACCAGAUGGAUUACUACAACCACGCCAGCGUGUACACGGAGGUGUUGUAAUCUGAGGAGUCAUGCCUUCUUCUUCUUGUUUUGUCAGUCUGCUGUACAGGAAAUGCUUUUUCAAAGUCCUUUAAGUGGUUCCUAUAAUAAAACCAUUAAACCCUCCAAGCCUUUGAAUUACAUUU